ACCCAAAAAAAUGAUAGGAGGGGACGACAUAUACAAGGUGGUGGUGGCCAUGGCGCCGUUAUACGUAGCGAUGGUCUUAGGUUACGGUUCAAUUCGGUGGUGGCACAUGUUUAAACCCGAUCACUGCGACGCCAUUAACCGUUUCAACUGUUUCUUCAUCCUCCCUUUUUUCAACUUCCAUUUCAUGUCCCAAGUGGACCCCUACACCAUGAACUAUCCGUUCAUCGCCUCCGACGCGGUGGCGAAGGCGAUGGUGGUGGUGGUGCUGGUGAUAUGGGCGAAUUUCGUUAAGAACGGAGGGCUAGAUUGGUCAAUAACCACCUUCUCGUUAUCCACCCUCAACAACACGCUCGUCGUCGGCGUGCCGCUUAUGCAGGCCAUGUACGGGAAAUUGGGCUACGAUAUUGUCCUCCAGGCGGCGGCGAUUCAGGCGUUGCUGUGGCUGACAUUGCUGUUGUUUGGGCUGGAGUUCCGGCGGACGCGGUUGGUGCAGAUUUCGUCGUUGAGCGCGGUGGCGCCGCCGUCAAUUGAGAUGGGGAGAGAUCUCGAGGGAAAUGCGGAGGGUGGUGAAACUGAAACCGCCGCCGUCGCCGCCGAGACGGCGGCGGCUCCGGCCAAUGUUGGGCCGUCGUACACGUCGUUGAUGAAAGCUGUUUGUCUCAAACUUUCCAAGAACCCUAAUACUUAUGCGUGUUUUCUUGGUCUGAUUUGGGCCCUCAUUGCCAAUAGGUGGCAUUUAAGUAUGCCUAGCAUUGUAGACGAUUCUAUCUUGAUCAUGGCCAAGGCAGGCAGUGGUAUUGCCAUGUUCAGUACAGGGCUUUUCAUGGCGUUGCAAGACAGAAUAAUAUCGUGCGGUGGGGCUUUAACCGUGUACGGUUUAGUUCUCCGGUUUCUAAUCGGACCGGCUACCUCGGCGAUCGGUGCCGGAUUGUUACGUCUGCACGGUGACGUCUUGAAAAUAGCUAUAGUCCAGUCUGCGUUACCGCAAGCUGUGACGGCAUUCAUUUACGCCAAAGAAUAUGGACUGCAUGCCGACGUUCUCAGCACAGCGAUUAUCAUUGGCACCAUCGUUUCUUUACCCGUGUUGAUCGGAUAUUACGUCGUUCUUGACCUCUUACCUUAAUUAAUAUCUUUAUGGGACAUCCUUAAUUAAUAUCUGUAUGGGACAUUUUCAAGAGAUGUAACAUUACCUAGAUUGUAAAAUCAAUGUUUUAUUUUUUUUAUAUGA